UCCAUUAUCCCUUCUCCAAAAAUGUCCCUUUGUCCAGCGUGUUUUCCAUUAGGAAAGACAUCCUAUUUCUGUUGUUUUGAAGUCAUAGAGACAAGCCUGGCCUGCUGCAUUCAGUGCGGAGCAUUGACGGAGGAAUGUCACUCUUAGAAAAGUUCGAUUGUGCGAAGAUGUGUAGGUGCACGAGACCCAGGAAGAAAGGAGGCUUGAGAAGGAAGCAUGCAGCAAAGAAAGGAGUCUGAGUGGUCUAAAUGUAUGCAGAGCCAAGGCUCUUUGAAAGGCAGAGUUGGGAGAGCUCAUGUGCCAGUGAUCAGCAUGGGACCAAGCCACGUACAGCAGCACACGCCUGUAAUUCACAUUUGGGCAUCUAAGGCAGGUGGAUUGUUGCUAGUUCUCCAAUGGCAUGGGCUAAACAGCAACAACAAAGGGGAUGUAGGGUGGAAAGGUUGGCGGUGUCUUGGGCGUUAGCCAAAGCAGAAGUGGGCAGGAUAAGGUGAACAAUGAGAGGGUGAACUGCAGGUGGUGGACAGAGGGCACCCACCCUUGCCACCGGACCUGGAACCCAGAUGGGACCAUGAGAGUGGAGUCGGGAGUGUACAUCCAGGCUGGUAAGUGGAGGCUACCAGGAAGGUUGUUCUUAGCCAUGUGGAUGGCAGAGAUGACAGAGGAAGUCUCAGGUGGAUGGCUUCCCACUAGGAGGUUCCUUGCAGGAUUCCAGGCUUGGAGCCGGCAGGCAGGGAACUUAGCAGGAUUCAGAAGGAAAAGAGAUACAUGUGCGGCUUUCUUUUAGUCUACAGACCAAACAUUAUCAACUUUUCCCCUGCCCUAUUCUCUACUUGGAUGAAUCUAAUAAAGGUAGCUUUUAGUGUCUAGGGCAGAAGUCUAAUGAAGGUGAAUGUUUAACCAUGCUCAAGGGCAGCUGAUAAUCUCAAAAGCAAUAGAGGCAGAGACUUGGAGACGCGGGAACCAGAAGGAAGACUCCCAGCAGAACUUCCUUGACUGAGAAAGUACAAUCCUACAAUGAAUUGUGACCUUUGGAGGAAAGAAUGAACUUAGAGGGGGCUUUCCGGAUGGGAGAAAGCAUCUUCUGAUUGGCGCUCUGUGGCCCGCCUGGCCACAACCAUUCAACAUGGUGGACACAGAGAGCCCCAUCUGUCCUCUCUCCCCACUUGAAGCAGAUGACCUGGAAAGUCCCUUAUCUGAAGAAUUCUUACAAGAGAUGGGAAACAUUCAAGAGAUUUCUCAGUCCCUCGGAGAGGAGAGUUCCGGCAGCUUUAGUUUUGCGGACUACCAAUACUUAGGGAGCUGUCCAGGCUCGGAGGGCUCUGUCAUCACAGACACCCUCUCUCCAGCUUCCAGCCCCUCCUCAGUCAGCUGCCCUGCUGUCCCCACCAGCACGGAUGAGUCCCCUGGCAAUGCACUGAACAUCGAGUGUCGAAUAUGUGGGGACAAGGCCUCAGGAUACCACUAUGGAGUCCACGCGUGUGAAGGCUGCAAGGGCUUCUUUCGGCGAACUAUUCGGCUAAAGCUGGCGUACGACAAGUGUGAUCGAAGCUGCAAGAUUCAGAAAAAGAACCGGAACAAAUGCCAGUACUGCCGUUUCCACAAGUGCCUGUCCGUCGGGAUGUCACACAAUGCAAUCCGUUUUGGAAGAAUGCCAAGAUCUGAGAAAGCAAAACUGAAGGCAGAAAUCCUUACCUGUGAACAUGAUCUGAAAGAUUCGGAAACUGCAGACCUCAAAUCUCUGGCCAAGAGAAUCCACGAAGCCUAUCUGAAGAACUUCAACAUGAACAAGGUCAAGGCCCGGGUCAUACUCGCAGGAAAGACUAGCAACAAUCCGCCUUUUGUCAUACAUGACAUGGAGACCUUGUGCAUGGCUGAGAAGACGCUUGUGGCCAAGAUGGUAGCCAACGGCAUCGAAAACAAGGAGGCAGAGGUCCGAUUCUUCCACUGCUGCCAGUGCAUGUCCGUGGAGACCGUCACCGAGCUCACGGAAUUUGCCAAGGCUAUCCCAGGCUUUGCAAACUUGGACUUGAAUGACCAGGUCACCUUGCUGAAGUACGGCGUGUAUGAAGCCAUCUUCACGAUGCUGUCCUCCUUGAUGAACAAAGACGGGAUGCUGAUCGCGUACGGCAAUGGCUUCAUCACCCGAGAGUUCCUAAAGAACCUGAGGAAGCCAUUCUGCGACAUCAUGGAACCCAAGUUCGACUUCGCUAUGAAGUUCAACGCCCUCGAACUGGAUGACAGUGACAUUUCCCUUUUUGUGGCUGCUAUAAUUUGCUGUGGAGAUCGGCCUGGCCUUCUAAACAUAGGAUACAUUGAGAAGUUGCAGGAGGGGAUUGUGCACGUGCUCAAGCUCCACCUGCAGAGCAACCAUCCGGAUGAUACCUUUCUCUUCCCAAAACUCCUUCAAAAAAUGGUGGACCUCCGGCAGCUGGUCACGGAGCAUGCGCAGCUCGUGCAGGUCAUCAAGAAGACCGAGUCAGACGCGGCGUUGCACCCACUGUUGCAGGAGAUCUACAGAGACAUGUACUGAUUUUUCCUGGGAUGGUAGGCCGUUGCCACUCUUCAGGGACCUCUGAGGUCUGCGGCCCCAUACAGGAGAGCAGGGAUUUGCACAGAUGGCCUCCCUCCUUACCCUUGGAGAUGAAGAGGGCUGAGCCUAGGCAAUGCAGGCUCCUCCCACAUCCUUACUUUCUGAAUGAGCACUUCUAAGACUUCCUGCUACUGAAAUGGUGGUGAUCAGAGGCUAAUAGGAUUCAGACAAUUACAGACAAUGGCAGCCCCCCACCCCCAGUCUGAUCUUAACUGGCCCAAUGUUAAUCAUUGCACAGUACUCUACGUUGCAUAUAUAAUUUGCCAUUAAUUAACGGGUAACCUCAAAGUCCAAGCAGUCUAAUUCUCUUCCUGCCGUCCUUCUGGCUGUGUGCAACGCUCGUAAAUCUUGAAAACUAAUCUGCACUUUUUUUUUUCUUUUCUUUUUUUCGGAGCUGGGGACCGAACC